CAUAUUUUUUCCAGUACCGUAAAUAUCACAAAAGGUGAUUUCUAUGAUACGAUGAAACCUUGGUUGGGCAACGGACUUUUAUUAUCUACAGGUAAACAAUGGUUCCAUGAUAGAAAACUCAUCGGGCCGACGUUCCAUUUUAGUAUAUUAGAUCAAUUUGCUGUGGUUGUAUCUGAAAAAGCAGAGAUUUUGACAAAAUGUCUUCAAAAAGAGAUAGAAAAGAAUCCAGGAGAAGCCGUUAAUACGUUUCCUUUUAUUAUCAAUGCUGCUCUCGAUAUUAUCUGCGAAACAGCAAUGGGUGUAAAUAUACAUGCUCAAGAAGCCGUAACCAAAUAUACGUCAACAGUACAUCUAACUUCUUCAUUAAUAAUGGAUCGAUUAUUUCAACCGUGGUAUUGGUUUGAUUGGUUGUUCUACUCAUUGCCUGCAGGGAAACAAUUUAAAUCAGCGCUUGAUAUAUUGCAUGGAUUUACAAAAGAGGUAAUAAAUAAGAGGAAGAUUGAACGACAAUCGCAAAACGACUAUACAGAUCUCGAAAAUGAAGACAAUGAAUUUAACAUAGAUAAACGGAAGAGAAAGGCAUUCUUAGAUCUAUUAUUAGAUCAGAAUGAGAAAGAUGACACCCCUUUGACCGAUGAUGAGUUGAGAGCACAAGUCGACACGUUCAUGUUUGAGGGGCACGAUACAACUGCG